UAUUAAAAGAAGGCGUCACGUCGUUCCGCUCUAUGAAUGACCGUCCUUCCAAACCAGGAAACAUUCAGCAUAUUUGUUUAACUUUUUCUCUACUGUAACAGUAGAUGGGUGGAGUUUACUGACACUUCUGAUCACUUUCGUCUUGCUUCGCAACAACAUGGGCUACAACUUAACUAUUAAAUGCAGUAAUUUUAAAUUAGAUUUUUAUAGCAAGAAAUGUGCGAACAAUAUAGUAGCUUUGGCGAAACGUACACAGCUUUUGAGUCACUAAACCAGUUUAUUUAGCGAGUUACUUAAUCGUUCAUUGUCGAGACAGGUGCGGUAUGGAAAAGUUAGGAGCUUUCAGAUAUAUAUAUGAGGUAUACAUGUCAUUUUUUACCGACUUGUGUUGAUUUUUUUUUGCUUAAAAACAUUGAAGCGUUGCAGUUCUUUAGCUUUAACGUUUGAAAUGUGCGAGAACAUUAACAAAGAAAGCCAGGAUGCAGAAGAGUGUAACUUCGAGCAUGUUACCGGCGUUAAUAAGGGUCCCCCCCCGGUCAGCGUCGUGAUCGCGACCGCACUGUAUGUCGCCGAGCUGGUCACCGCUGCGGUGCUCUGCAAAAUGUACAGCGACACCGAAGACCGGUUCUGGAUGGGCUUCACCAUCACCUUCAUGCUGGUGCCGUCUCUUCUCACACAGUUAACACUCACUUUCCUCCAUCGAGACUUGGAAAGCGACCGUCCACUGGUCUUGUGUUUGCAUCUCCUCCUUUUGGGACCGCUUAUCAGGUGUAUUGAGGCCUUAGUGAUAUACUUCCAGGCGGGCAAAAAUGAGGAGCCAUAUGUCACCAUUUCCAGGAAGAUCAAGCUGGCAGGAAGACAGACCACGCCCACGGAGAGGGAGAUCAGCCAAUCAGAGCGCAAGCUGGCUACUUUUCGCAAUGCUGCCAAACGCUCUGCCAUCAUCCAGGCGUUCCUGGGCUCGGCGCCACAGCUGAUGCUGCAGCUGUACGCCAGUAUCCAGGAGAAGAGCAUCCUCCCUGCCCGAGUGUGCCUCAUCACCAUAAAUCUCCUCUCCAUCACCUAUGGCACCCUAGUCUGCAACGUCUUAGCCAUACAGAUCAAAUACGACGACUAUAAAAUCCGCCUGCAGCCUUGCGCCUACUUCUGCAUGGUGCUGUGGAGAGGGCUGGAGAUCGCCACCCGCACCACAGCACUGGUGCUCUUCAGCACGGCACUGACGUACUGGGUGGUGCCCAUUGGACUCGGCAACUUGCUCAUCUUCUUUGCCCUACCUUGGGUGCUGUUCUGGAAGAAGAGAGCCUCGCUUCCUGACUCACUGGAGAAAAGCCUCAGCAAGUUUGGCACCAUAGUUGCACUCUGCCUGAUUACGUUCCUCUACGCUUGCAUCAACACUUUCUGCUACUCGGCAAUCCAGCUGGACCUGGCCCAUCGGGACCUGAUUGAAAAGAGCAUGAGCUGGGUCCAGAUCGCCAUGUAUUACAGCCUCCGUUUUGCGGAGAACACCUUCCUGGUUGUCAUGUGGUAUUUUUUCAAGACGGACUUCUACGAGUACAUCUGUGCACCAAUGCUUGUGAUCCAGCUGGUGGUUUGCUACGUCUUGGCUGUGACUUUCAUGAUGGUCUUCUACCAGUACUGUCAUCCCUGUCGCCACCUAUUCAGUCACAACGUGGCUGACUGCCUUCGCUGUGCCUGCUGUCACAGAGAGACCGGGCCAGCAGUGCCCGUUGACGUCAUCGUUUCUGAUCACAUGACAGAGGAUGACAGACCAUGCCUGUUAACUGUGAAACAGUAAUCCUGCCUGCUGUCACAGAGAGACCGGGCCAGCAGUGCCCGUUGACGUCAUCGUUUCUGAUCACAUGACGGAGGAUGACAGACCAUGCCUGUUAACUGUGAGACAGUAAUCCUGCCUGCUGUCAGAGAGAGACCAGGCCAGCAGUGCCCGUUGACGUCAUCGUUUCUGAUCACAUGACAGAGGAUGACAGACCAUGCCUGUUAACUGUGAGACCAUAAUCCUGUUUGCUGUCAGAGAGAGACCGGGCCAGCAGUGCCCGUUGACGUCAUCGUUUCUGAUCACAUGACAGAGGAUGACAGGCCAUGCCUGUUAACUGUGAGACAGUAAUCCUGCCUGCUGUCACAGAGAGACCGGGCCAGCAGUGCCCGUUGACGUCAUCGUUUCUAAUCACAUGACAGAGGAUGACAGACCAUGCCUGUUAACUGUGAGACCAUAAUCCUGGUUGGGGACCGCUGCUAUACCAAGGCGCGCUCGACUGUUGCCAUUCCUCAGCUGCAAUCUGCAAAGUUUCUUGUUUAAUUCCUUAUCAAUGUUUAUAGACAGCAACGGUUUUCAAUGUAAUGUUGCAAAAAUGCACUAUGUAAAUAAAACUGAAUAUACUAA